UUAUUAUUAUUAUUAUAGACCACCAUGCAAAUUUUUGUGAAGACCCUCACUGGAAAAACCAUCACUUUGGAAGUGGAGCCAAGUGACACAAUAGAGAAUGUAAAAGCAAAGAUCCAAGACAAGGAAGGCAUCCCACCUGACCAACAGAGACUGAUCUUUGCUGGUAAACAACUGGAGGAUGGUCGAACACUUUCUGACUACAACAUCCAAAAAGAAUCUACCCUACAUCUGGUUCCGAGGCUGAGGGGAGGGAUGCAAAUUUUUGUGAAGACCCUCACUGGAAAAACCAUCACUUUGGAAGUGGAGCCAAGUGACACAAUAGAGAAUGUAAAAGCAAAGAUCCAAGACAAGGAAGGCAUCCCACCUGACCAACAGAGACUGAUCUUUGCUGGUAAACAACUAGAGGAUGGACGUACACUCUCAGAUUACAACAUUCAAAAGGAGUCUACUUUGCAUCUUGUCUUAAGACUGCGUGGUGGAUCAAAUUAAGGAUAAAUUCCAGAAUCCUGUAUGGAAACGUAUUCUAACAAUUGAAUAUACCCACUUAAAAAGAAUUUAAAGCUGUAAUCUUAAAGUUUGAAUCAUAAAUUCAUUAAGUAUU